GUUUUAAUGGAAUUAGCUAUGACAAAACUAAUAAAAGAUGGGUAUUUUUUUGGUGUAAGAAUAGUAAACAAAAAAAUAAAUGGUUUUAAAAUUAAACAAGAAGCAAUAGAAUUUAAAGUAGAACAUAACAAACAAACUGGUAAUCGCAAUGGAUAUCCUGAGGUUACAUAUCACUCGACUCAAAAAACAGAAAUGAAGAGCCAAGAUUUCAGGGGAGAUCUGGGUCAGUCCCCAAGCUUUCUGUGA